AUGUUCAAAAGCAGAAGAUUAAAAACUGUGUCGAAUGCCAUCAAGACAGUCUCAAGUAGUGAUGUGUCCGCCGGUGUCAACUCCAAAUUGUUCGAACUGAAAGAGAUCAGUAGAUAUGGUAUGAACGGACAAAUAACAGCGUUAGGCUACGAUCCGGUCCAAAGUUUAAUGGCUGUAGCUACUGAUUCAGGUGAAAUCCAUGUUUACGGGAGACACCAGGUGGAAGUAGUAUUUACAGUGGACUCAAAGGCGACAAUCAAGAAUCUGAGAUUUUUGAAGGGUGUGUAUCUUGUCGCGGUCGAUUCGAAGGAUUCUGUGCUAGUGCUUUCACUUCUUUCCAAGAGCUUUCUUGCAACAUUUUUUGCACCCGGAAAAAUCACAUGCGUUGAAUCGGAUCCGUCGAUGGACUGGCUAAUUCUUGGUCUCCAAAGUGGGACCGUUGUAAUAUAUGAUAUUGAUCGAGAUGCGAUUUCCCCUGUGCGAAUAGAGAAUUUACAAAAGAGCCACUUCUUCCCUAAGGAAGCUGUUUCACCAGUCGUGUCAAUUCAAUGGAACCCCAGGGAUUUUGGCACUCUUUUGAUUUCCUACACAAAGGUGACGGUAAUCUAUUCGUUUGUGGAAAAUCAAGUCAAAAGCCAUUUUAUCUACAAAGUUCCUCCAUCUGCUCCUGGAGGGGAUUCAACUGUAGAUUUGGAGAGCGAAAGGAUACCACGAGUGACGCAAUCUCUAUAUCAUCCUAACUCGUUGAAUCUUUUAACUGUUCACGAAGAUAACUCUUUGGUCUUUUGGGAUGCUAACAAUGGAACUUUGAUUCAAGCCAGAACUUUGUUCGACACCGACGUGAAUGUUCCUAGAAACUUUAACGAUAGUUCAGCAGUAAAGAAUACCAAAAUAUUCAAGGUGGCGUGGCUGUGUCAGGCUAAUCCCGAAUAUACAUCGCUAUUGAUAGCGGGAGGCUCCUCGCUGGAGGGAACCGGCUGCCACAAUUUAACACUCAUGGACCUUGGGGGCACACCAAUGUAUUCUGUCACUUCAUAUGAAAAGAUGAGCAACUUCUACGCUAAUCCCGUCAAACAGAAGAUUUUACCAAUCAAUAAUUCUGCGUCCGUGAUUGAUUUUCUAACAUUAGCUCGCGCUUCUCCCUACUUUUCAGGUAAUCAUGACCCCGGAUUCAUUGUUGUUUUGCUUGAAAAUGGGGAGCUGGAAACGCUACUUUUCCCUUCAGGUCAUACGACAUACAAAGCGUCGCUUUUUCCCCAGAGUAUCUCUUGGGUUCGCCCUUGUGCCACGAAAUCUGUCGCUACUGCUGUGCCUAAAAAAUUGUGGCUGGGUAUGAUGUCCUCUACUUACAACAAGGACUACUUACUUAAAGGUGGUGCUCCUGUGAAAAAACCUUUGCGUGUACAUGAAACUAGGUCUGCUUUGGCAACAGGCCAUACUAAUGGGUCUGUUCGUAUUUGGGAUGCUUCUCACGGUGAACUAGAUGAUAGCUCAGUUUUUGAUGUGAAUUUGUCUCAUGUUCUUAACAAGGCGACGGGCCUCGCUGUCGACAACAUUUCAUUUGCAUCUGAAACGGCCGAAUUGGCUGUUUCAGUAGAGGAUGGGGAUGUGGUGCUUUUUAAAUUUCAAACGAACGAACACUUUGCUCCAGAAGGGAGCCCCAUAGUUAACGAUGUCGAGGUAAAUUUCAGAAGAUUUUCGCUCAAUACAAACAAUGAAAUUCUGAUAGAUGUAGCCGAUAGAGCACCCCGCAAUGUCAGAGAAGGAUUUAUGCCCUCGACGGCUGUGCAUGCUAGGAAGGGGAAAGUAUCCGCUUUGAAAAACAGCAAUGUUGGAUUUGUCGCCAUUGCCUACGAAGAAGGAACCAUCAUGGUAAUUGAUAGACGUGGUCCGGCUGUCAUUUAUAUGGGAAACGUGAGAAAUACAAGCCGAGGUCGAAGUUUAUGCGCAACAUGCUUUGAGUUUACUAUUCUGGGCUAUGGCGACGAUUCAUAUUCGAGUAUCGUCCUCUUCGCCGGCACUGAUGCUGGCGAGUUGCUUUCGUUUAAGGUUUUGCCGGAUCAAGGUGGUCGUUUUGCGGUAGAUCCUAUCGAAUGUCUCCAGACUAAUGACUCUGGCCCCCUGUUGAGCAUAGAAUCAUUUGCUAAAAUGGACGGUAAGCCUUGCCAAGCAACCAUAGCAGGAAUGCAACAACUUUCAAAAGGUAUUUAUGUUCAAAGUCAACUUGUCAUUUGUGGAGCUACAGACAUACGCCUGGCUACACCAGGUAAGUCGAAGGACAGCCACAAAAUUUUCAAAUACCCAGUUGCAACUUGCGGCUUGUCUUUUGUACCGGUUUCACUGCAGAGCAAGGGUACAACUCCACCACCACAGACUAAAGUAAGAGCCGUAGCACCUGUUUUGAUCUGCUUGUUAGUCAAUGGUGACGUGAAAAUUCUGGGAUUGCCGGAGUUACGAGAAAUAAAGUCCAUGACAUUGGGUGUUCCAAUUCACAGCAAAUAUAUCCGUGAGUCGUCUGUACUACGCAACGGAGAUAUUGUCGCUCGGGUUGGUAAAUCAGAAGCAAGUCUUGUUACGGUCCUAAAGGACACAUCAUCUCAGAGUUCGCAAGCUGAAACCCAUGCAACAGACACACUUUAUAAUCCCGAAUUGCGUAUUCCGUGCCGUCCAGAAUUCAACUCGCUUCAGUGGGCUCGAGGCACUCUUUACGUUAGGAGACAAGACUUGGACGAUCUUUUAGGUGGAAAUGCGAGGAAACCCAGCAAAUACAAAGAAAGUGCUAUUGCAAAUGGAACUUUAUCUCUUGAUCCGCAAGAAAAGGUGGACAAUAAACACGGUAUGUCCGCUUCCAACGACCACCGAUAUGUGGCUCCAGUUAGACACGGCGCCAAAACAGGUGGUUACGGAACGAUGAAGUACGUCUCACGGGCCGUUGAAAACGGCUGGGACAACUUAGAGGGAACUUUUAACGAUUACGCCUUAGCCGCGAACGAGACCAUUAACGAGGCCCUAGAGGAAACAGGAUCAGGUCUUGUUAAGGGUGUAUUUCGUUCCAAGAUAGGCUUUUAG